AUGAGAUGUAUUGCCCAUAUCUUGAAUCUGGUUGUUAGUGAUGGUCUUAAGGAUGUGAAUGUGUCAAUUAAGAAAGUCAGAGAUUGUGUUAGGUACAUUAGGAAUAGUCCUGCUAGGUUGAGAAAGUUUAAAGAAGCUGCAGUGUUUGUUGGUAUUGAAACUAAGAAAUCUUUAUGUCUUGAUGUGCCCACUAGGUGGAAUUCUACUUUUUUGAUGCUUACAACUGCUUGUUUGUUUGAGAAAGCAUUUGAAAAAUUUGAUGAGGAUGAGUCCUGUUUUAGGUCUGAUUUGAAUGAUAGUAUACCUGAUUUUUUAGAUUGGCAGGUUGUUAGGAAGUUUUCUGACUGUUUGUCUCACUUUUAUCAUGUCACUUUGCGCAUAUCAGGGUCUUUGUAUGUGACUUCUGAUAUGCAUUUUCAAGAAAUAUGUGAUCUGAGUUGUGUACUGUCUGAUAUGAUAGAAAGUGAUGAUUUAGAGGUGAAAUUGUUGGGUGAAAAAAUGAAACUGAAGUUUGAUAAAUACUGGGGGGAUCAUGAAAAAAUGAAUAAGUUGAUAUUUUUUGCUUGUGUCUUUGAUCCUAGUGUUAAGUUGGAAGGUAUGGAGUAUUCCUUAACCACAAUGUUUGGUAAGGAGAAGGGGGUAGUUCUGUUUAAAUCUGUUGUGGAUGAACUCACUUUGCUGUUUAAUGAAUACAAAUCAUUGUAUGAUUCUGGUGGAAGUAGACCCAAUUUGGCUGAAUUGAGUUCUCAAUCUGAACUGUCCCCAUCUCAAGGAGGCUCUGUAUCACCUCCUCUUCCUAUUCUUGUGCAUGCUUCUGAUUCCAAAAGGCCUCCAUCUGUCAUGAAGGCCAGAUUUAAGAAACAUAGAAAAGAAAUGGGAACUUUAAGCACUCAAAAAAGUGAGCUGGAAGUUUAUCUUGGUGAGGAUUUAGUGGAGGAUGUCUUAUCUAAAAUAGCUCGAGAUAUUCUUGCGGUUCCCAUUUCUACCGUGGCAUCUGAGUCAGCCUUCAGUACUGGUGGCAGAGUGUUGGAUAGCUUCAGGAGUUCUUUAACUCCUAAACUGGUGGAAGCUUUGAUAUGCACACAAGAUUGGUUGAGAGUUAACAAAACACCUGUGAUUGUGGAAGAAUGUGUGGAGGAGUUGGAUGCAUUUGAGCUAGAGUUGCCAAAUGUUGGUCCUCCUGCAGUGUGA